AUGUCUCCUUCCAGAACCGACGAUUCCGCCCCAGCACUCAGCAACGCUGAGUCCGCCAUGCAGAUAAAGCAAGAAAACCACCUCCUGCAUCGGUCGCUGAUCGAGCAUCCUGUGAUGGUAGAGAGAGCCGAAGGAGUGGAACUACACCUAGAGAACGGCAAAACAAUAAUUGACGCCUGUGCGGGCGCCGCAGUCGCCGCAGUCGGUCAUGGAAGACAAGAGGUACAUCAAGCCAUCAUAAGCCAGCUCGAAAAGGUCAGCUAUGUUCACACACAGUCCUACACUACAUCCGCCGCAGAGGAACUGGCCAAUUUUAUCCUUGAGGGUAGUCCCUACGGGCUAGAAAAGGCAUUCUUCGUCGGAAGUGGCAGCGAAGCCGUCGAAUCUGCGUUGAAAUUGGCACGGCAGUAUUUCUACGAAAAGGGCGAGUCCCAACGGAUACAAUUCAUUUCAAGACGUCAAAGUUAUCAUGGUAACACUUUCGCGGCUAUGUCGAUCUCCGGGAAUGUAGCCCGAAAGGUUCCCUAUCAGGAUACAUUAUUUCAGCAUGUAUCCAAUGUCUCUCCCGCAUACGCGUAUCGAUACAAGGGAACGGAGGAGUCUGAAGAGCAAUUUACGACUCGUUUGCUUCAGGAGCUAGAGGACGAAUUUUUGAAUGUCGGCCCCGAGAAUGUGAUUGCGUUCAUUGCCGAAACUGUCGUGGGUGCCACAGCAGGCUGCGUGACCGCGCCGGAAGGCUACUUCGCCGGAGUGCGCAGGUUAUGCAACAAGUACGGCAUCCUUCUCAUCCUAGAUGAGAUUAUGUGUGGAGUCGGUCGAACCGGUUCCUUCUUCGCCUUUGAGCAAGAAAAGGACGUCGUUCCUGACAUGGUGACUGUUGCCAAAGGCCUGGGAGGCGGAUAUGCCGCGAUAUCAGGUGUUUUUGUACACAAGAAGGUAAUCGAUGCCCUCCGACAAGGAACCAAUGCAUACAACCAUGGCCACACGUAUCAAGCUCAUCCGAUUUCAUGCGCUGCAGCACUAGCGGUCCAGAAGAUAAUUCGGAAGCAGGGACUAGUCGCGCAGUGCGCGGCUAUGGGACAGGUCCUGGAACAUCUUCUCCGUUCUGAACUCCAGAAUUGUCCGUCUGUUGGCCAUAUCCGUGGACGUGGCCUUUUCUGGGCUGUGGAGUUCGUUCGUGACAGAAAGACAAAAGAGACGUUUGAUGCCUCGGUGAAGUUUGGUCUACGAGUUCAACAGGCCGCCUUUGAGCGAGGGGUAGCCGUUUACCCUGGUGCUGGCACGGUGGAUGGUGUUCGGGGAGAUCAUGUUCUGCUGGCGCCACCUUUUAUUAUUACGGAAGAUCAACUGGGAAUCAUUUGUCGAGUGUUGAGGGAGGCGAUUGAGUCGCAGGAAAAGCUGCAUGGCUUAUGA